GUUAUAUAAAUAGGGCUCCAAUCAAGCUUCCCUAGCUACCAACCUCAUUCUUACUCACAACUACUGCAAUUGCAAUUGAGCACCUCACAAAAACUACCUUCUGGUGGUCCUCUGGUGUUACAACCAACCAACCAAGCUACCUCGUUUCUCAGCUGCUUAAUCGCCUCUUCUUCUUCUUCAUCUUCUCCUCGGUUGGUUCAGAAGACAUCGAGCUUGCUUGCUAAGGUAGAUGCUAGCAAUGGACCAGCAGCAUGAGGAGGAGUCGUGUGUCCCCCCUGGGUUCAGGUUCCACCCCACAGAGGAGGAACUGGUGGGGUACUACCUGGCCAGGAAGGUGGCUGCCCAAAAGAUCGACCUCGACAUCAUCCAGGAGGUUGAUCUCUACCGGAUUGAGCCAUGGGACCUCCAAGAGAGGUGCGGCGGCGGCAGGGGAGGACGGGGAGCGCGUCAGGUGGUGGCGGAGGACGAGCAGUCGUCGGAGUGGUACUUCUUCAGCUUCAAGGACCGCAAGUACCCGAGCGGCACCCGCACCAACCGCGCCACGGCGGCCGGAUUCUGGAAGGCCACAGGCCGAGACAAGCCGGUGAUGUCGUCUCGGAGCCGUGGCGUGAUCGGCAUGAGGAAGACGCUCGUCUUCUACAGGGGCCGCGCACCCAACGGCCGUAAGACUGACUGGAUCAUCCACGAGUACCGCCUCCAGACCAGCCAGGACGCGCCCACCCAGGAGGAAGGUUGGGUGGUGUGCCGUGCGUUCCAGAAACCCGUGCCGAACCAGAGGCCGUCCUACAUCUUCCCGCAGCCAUACGCUGGCGCUCCGGGCGUCGGGGGCUACUACGACGCGCGGCCAUGGCUGCACGGCCAAGCCGGCGACCUCCAUUACCUGCAGAGCGCCGCAGGCGCUGCGGGAGCCAGCGCACUGGGGUUCCCCGGCCAGGGCGCCCAGUAUUGCUCCGACGAACUGCUGGAGUCCAAGCAGAGUCUCUUCGGCAACAUCCCGCUGCUCAUCGAGAGCCCGGCGACGACCACCGCCGUUGCCGGUUGCGGCGACGCCGGCUACAACAUCGUCCAGCAGGGACAGGCGGCGGCCGGCAUCGACUGGAAUUUCCUGGACAGCCUGCUAUCCACGACGCAGCUCCAUGAAUACUCUGCUACGGCUGCGUCACAGCUGCACCUACAGCAGUGAAUUAGAGUUAGCAGACAUACCGUAGCAGCAUCGAUUUCAUUGUAUACAUGAUUUGCUAAUAAUUAGUAUCAUUGGAUAGUAGAUGAUGUCCAUGUGCAUCUGUUGCACUGGACACUUGGUUGUACCUAGAUAGACCUGCUACUCUGUUUCGCUUACUGAGUCCAUGUGUCUACUGUAGAUCACUCUGUUCCACUUACUGAAUAUAUGUGUUUCACUGUA